AUGAAAAUCGCUCGUUUCGCGAUUCGGUCACUUAACGACGCAGCUUCCCUUAGACCAUGUCGUCCUUUCUUGUCGAGAGGCCUCUCGACCAAUGCUAAUGAAGAUCCGCGCCGGAAUCAAUCUUCUUUCGAAUCGUCGGACGAUUGGAUGUUUGGCGGAGAUACUGGCAACGAUGAAAAAAGCAGUGGCUUCUUACAGCAUCUUGGCAAGGCGGAGAAAGAUAAGCGCGGCUAUACAGGGUUUAAUAAGUCUUUCGGGAACGGGUCGAGAUUCUCUGGUGGCGGUUCCAUGAACAGGGACGAGAGCUUCGACCCUUCAUCCGAUGGCGUCGAUGGAAAACUGAAGGAAGCUGCUGGCUUGCUUUACAACUUCGACGAAGACGAAGGCGUGAAGGAUGCUUACCCGUCCAGGCCCGAUGUCAACAGUUGGGGCGUUAACCACUUCCCUAGGCAUUUGAAUUAUAGAAAGCAGAUGCAAAAACCUAGACAGAAUAACAAGCCUGAGUUAACCACAGAGGAAGUUCUGAAGAAAGCUGAUUUCAGGAAUGUUAGGUUUCUUGCACAGUUCAUCACUGAAGCUGGGAUCCUCAUUAAGAGGAAGCAGACUGGCAUCAGCGCCAAGGCACAAAGGAAGAUUGCAAGAGAGAUCAAAACGGCCCGAGCAUUUGGGCUGAUGCCUUUCACAACAAUGGGUACAAAGGCAUUUACAUUUGGGAGAACCAUGGAGAACAGAGACCAAGAUUUCGAGUAUGAAGUGAUUGACGACGAUGAUGAGUAUGAUAACCCAACUGAGUAA